GUUGAAUGAAGGAAAAGGGAAAAGCAUUACUGUUUACUUGACUGCAGCUGUCAUUAUGAUGUGUUAUUUGGGGCAAACAGUAGACUGUACUCGACUAACUGAAACAGAGUGGCGAAAAGAAGCCGAUACUGCCAGAAGGAUAGGUUUCAAUGAGGGACAAAUUGUGUUUGGGAGAGGUUUUCAGAAAGGGUCUGGUCUCGGGCCACAAGUCAUAGACAGGACCAGCAAGUCAACCUCAAACACUUCUGUGAAGGAGGAUGCUGAAUAUCAAGCAGACUUUGCAGGCUGGGUGAAAGGACGAACACAAAAUGGUGGCUCCAAAGAAGCAGCAUGGAAGCGCAUGUCGCCCUCCUUGCAGUGUGGUUCGGACCAGUUGAAGUUCAGAGCAAUGGGACCAGGAGCUUCACAGUUUGCUGUGGAACAAGCAAAUGCACCUCCAUUACCUCUGUCCCAAGUUCCUUCCACCUGUGGCUACAUCAUGCAGAGGAACUCUUUUGGGCUUGUCAUACUGGUUCCCUAUGAUGGCUGCAACAUGGUUCAAAAGGAUGGCAGUUAUGUGCUCCCUAUGCGUUGGCAGGGACGUCCAGUCUCACUCUGGUGUCCCAAAUCUCCAGCCCCUCCUCCACCCCAAUAUCCUUUUGGUCCCCAAGAUCCAACUCUUGAGCCAGAAACGCCAACAACGCCGCCGCCACCACCACCACCACCACCAACAACAACAACUAUUGCUCUCCCUGAAGGACCCCAACACCCUUUCAAAUAUCCUUUCGAUCGCCAAUAUCCAACUCCUGAGGCUGAAAUGACCCCACCAAAUCUGCGAUGA